AUGGAGGAGCAGGUGAUCGCUGAUAAACUGCGUAAGCGCAUCCGGGCCUUCGAGGAUGUCAUUGACGCUGACCAACUUCCCUUCCAACCAGGCGAUGACUUCAUGGCCAACCCAGUUCUACAUUUGUGUCUCUACGUCAACAUGCUGUUUUCCAUCUUGUCGUGGCUGACCACCAUCCUGCUUCUGCAGCCACGGUUCUACGAUUACGAAGAUAAAUACCGGAUGGUGGUUCUCUUCAUUGUCACAUUCUUCACCAUAACGGAGAUCAUCCGCAUCUACUCAGGUCUCGGAGGGAAUAAGGGGAAGGUCCCCCUGAUGAUCCUGUUCCUGAUCCUGACAGCGGUGAUGUUACCCUCUGCCCUGGCGGUUCUCCUGACCAGACUGUCAGCUGACUUCACCCCAGUCGAGUGUAAUAUCAUGAUUGGCUAUAUGCUAAUGCAGGCAGUGGAGUGGGUGCUGGGAUACCUGGGAUACCGCCACAUGAAACAGGUCAAGGAAUAA